AUUGCGCAGAACAGUUUGAACCAAAAAGCGGAGUGACCUUCCUCCGCUCUCAGUCUGAGAGAGAGGGGCACUACUGAAGCAAGAAGCCGGUCACAGCUCCCGCAGCCCCCACUCUAGCCUCAGAAAUGAACAACAACUUAGUCGGAGAUGAAGUCGGGUAAGAUCCGUUAAACUAAGUCUUACUCUGCGGACGAAUGAAACAGUAAACUGAAUUGUAACUUCUAGUUAGCACGCUGUCUGAGGAGCUGUCAUUUGACAGCUAACGUUAGCUAGCGAGCUAAAAUAGCUUUACUUACUUAGCGAGAUCGUUAGCCAGAGGAAAGGCGGCCAAAAAGUGAAAGUGUGCGUCAAAGUAACUCAGUCUUGACUGUCAUCUCUUCCGGGGAAACGUGCAGUGUUUAUCUGAAGUGCUGACAACAUGCUUAUCACAGCAGUAGUUGAGGUGUAGUUACUUCUGUCAGUGCUGCUCUUAGUUAGCUCAGCUAGCUUAGCUCCCGCUGCCAGCGAAGCGAAAGUCUCCUGCUCAGACUUCAGCAGCGCGAGGACAUUUAGCGGGCACUGCACGGGGAUGGAGCAUCCUCACCCCCUCUUACCUCUCACUCUUUUCACGCGCGUUUUAUUCCGAUAUCAUUGAAACGAUUUGCUACUCUGACAUCAGAGCGUCUUUAACGGCCGUCAAACUUCCAGUUUAACGACCCGCAUCCGACUUCACCUGUCCGCGUGGAGGGAGCCCGAGCAGCCGCUCUCCUCCGCUUCUCUCCUCUGAAGGAGGAGGGGGACGGACGGACUCUGGGUUUCCGUCUGGUGGACUGGAGCCGGUGUUGGUCAGUUUCUGCUGCAGUUCUCGGUGUCAGAUUUUCAGCUCAGUGUUGUGUUAGCUUGCUAAACGCCUCGGCUCUGUCCCGGGGUAACUUACGUGGCAGGAGGUCCAUUAAAAACGCCUGUUAUCGUCGAGGCUUCAGCGUUCAUUGUAAGAGGAAUAAAGUGACAUUCACUGUCAUGACUGAAUCUAACAUGACUCACACUUAAACAGGAGCAUUACAUUUGUAGCUGUGUGUGUUUCUCUCUCUUCUAAGCUGCACCAGCUCGGUAUUAGCGUUGCCUCAUGUUGUGUAAUAUUUGUGUACUUGGGUGUUUAGUCAGCUGUAGCGUUGUUAUGCCUCUGAAACUGUGCCUGCAACCUUCUCCACGAAUACAUCUGUGUUUUCUCCCUGUGGAUGGGCAGACUUUCUCUGUUUGCUGCCAUACCUUUAAUGUGUGUCUUUGUGAAACAGUUUGCCUUUUACUCUGACCCAAAGUGAUGGUGCAUGUCUAAUUAAAUGAUAAUUAAUCCACCCUUUUUAGGAAACUUUUUGUGGGGGGAUUGGACUGGAGUACCACUCAAGGUAAGUCAUAUUUAAACUUAGACAUAUAUAACUUAACCCUAGAACAUCAUCGCUGAAAUUAGUAACACCAUCACUAUCGCCGGGUGAUUUUUACCUGAAAUAAUAAAAGUACUUGUCAUCAAACUAUAUCAAAAUAGGACAAUACAUGACAAAUUAAAGUAGUUUUCUUUUAUUUUUAACUGUGCAAUGUCCAAAGGGAGGGAAAAAAGUGCCAUGAGGGGACUCCUGUUAGGCAUUCAUGAACAAAAAAUUCCUAAAAAUAAGAAAUUUAUAAACUGUAAACUUAGUUUCUUUGCCACCCAUUCCUGGGGCAUGUGAGUCUUCCCUGGUGAAGACUCUGGAUCCUUGACACGAUAACAGCUGCAGGAGAGAGAACCAAAAUGUGACGUAUUUUGAGGGAGUAAAAAUGACCACCUGACUGAAAUAUUUCUUAUCACCAUAUGAAUUCCCUGGAAAAUCACUACUUUCACUACUAUCACUACUAGCAUGCAAAUUCCAGGACCACUCUUACUGACCUUAUUCGUCUACAUGCAGCUAUCAAAUCCACCCAAACCUACUUUACCCUCUAUCACUUUUGCCGGGUAAAAAUCACCCGAACAUGUGCCUGUAGGAAAAAGCAGGUUUUGGAUCAGGGAAACAAAUAUGCCUUCAAAGAUGUCAAAGACAAUGCUGAAGCUACCCAGAGACCCAUGAUACUCAGACAAACACAACAUAAUGAAAAUCACGUAAACAUGUUUGGUCUCUCACAUUACCUGUGGGUACCUGUAAAUGUGCUGAUCUUAUUUAGAGCUAUGGAAUAUUUUAAACCUCAAAUCCUAGUUUAGUUACUUUCACCUUAAAGUUAUAUUUAAUAUAAUUAAUUAUGUCUCGCUGUUGUACAGUAGUUAAAAGUAUAGUGAUUUUUGGCCUGACAGUAAGAUAACAUGGCUGUGAUGGUGUAGCAGAUGGAAAAAGCUUUCCUCUUCAUUUUAUGGUUAGAUGUUGACUAAAAUGAAUGACUGUCUUCAUUGCUUGUGUGAGUUUAAUUAAGUGUUCUCACAGCUGUGUGUUAUAACUCCAUUAGGUACAAGGGAGAUGCCUGGUUGAUGUUGUUUAUCAAGAUGUUUUGUAGAUAAUAUGAUUGUGAAGUAAACACAAAUGUAAGGUAAAGAGAGUGCAACUUAACGUUAUAUAUUAACACUCUAAUUUCAGCUCUGUAUGAUAAUGUUUGGGUACUGAUGCAUGAAGUGAACUUAUUAACAAAUUGUCAUGUAAAAAUUACUGAUGAAGAGUGUUGACGAUAUUGUUAUUAUGCCCAAACGAUAAUAAUUUAGAUUAGUUUUUAUGCAAUGCUGUUGCUCUGCAGGAAAACACAGUGAUAGAGCUUUAGUUUGCAUUUUCUGCAUUUGUAGACUGCAUCCUAUUGAUGCGGAUAUGUCAUGAGGUGUCUCGGGGAGUGUUGUAACUGUGCUUGUGACCCCUGCUCAUCUGUAUUGAUGUUGUUUCCUUGUGUUGAGGAAAUGCCAUUGUGAUUUUCGCUACUCUUACAGUUUUUUGGGUUGUUUGAUUAGUUGGGGUGUCACAAUUUGAAAAAAUAGAACAUUUAUCAGUGGUGUGCAGCAGUACCAUAAUAGACAGUUUGGUGGAGUUUGGCAUAAGAAAAAAAAACAAAGUAAACUAGGACUAAAAUAUCUUUCUGCUGCUGUUGUAGUCUUGUAAAGAUAGACUUACCUCUGCUUUGGGUUAGUGGUGUUUAGCCAAAGGCAACAUUUAGUUUCACCAUAAGUCUCCACAGUCAGAUAGCACAUUCAUAUGGACAAAAUAUUCAUUUUACUUUUUGUUUUGGAAAAAAGGCAGUAACCUCAUGAAGUUUGAAAGCCAAACUUUGGGAAAGAAGUCAGCUUGGUUUAGCAGCUUGUCACAUACUGUGGGAAAAACGCCAAUGAGACGGAUUUUCCUGUUGUGUUUAGUAGGUGUUCAGGAAAUGCGCCUUUUAUCAGAUAAGCAUAUCUCUCCUAUCUAGAUUGGCAAAUGGUACGUUUUUAAGGCCCUGCUCUGUAAAUCCAGGCUGAAUAUGCCCUGACCUGCACCAAACCUGAAAUAGUUAAGGAAAUUUAAUGUGCUCACUAAUGGAUUCAGUGACUAAGUAGCGGACACCAAAAAAAGGAAGCCUAAAUGAAGGUGUGAUCCACCGACUUCGACCUGUUUGGAUAUGGCCGAGUUUGUUUAAAGGCCUUUACUGUCUCUUGCUUGGUUGGUUAUUGUGUAACACCGCACAAGGGCUUGCCUGUGUUAACAGCACUGUUAACGUGAAGAUCUAAGCUACAACUCUGUAACUCAGAGCUUGUUUCUGCGGCGAUGCCUAAGGGCUUCCCAGCGACGAGAAAAGCAAUUACGAUAACUCGCUCCAAAGUGAGUCCUCGUUUGUUCAAACUUGCACUCCCUGCUUCUGUGGGUGUGUGCGGGCGUCACAGUAGUAGGGUGUGUAUUUGGUGCCUUAAAAUGUGACAGGGGGUCAGUGCUUUGUUGGCUCUUUUAGAAACAUUGAAUGUGACUGCACUCUUUUAGGAUUUUAUAUUUAAAACAGUGGAGCUAUUUUAUAUGCCAGCUAUAAGUCAAAAUGAAGAUUAUCAAAUAACCUGUAAUGUUUAGUGUGUAAAUGGAUGAAAUGCUCCUAGUUGCAGUGGUACUGAAGAUAUUCUCUCAGCAUCUAUUAUUUGGAGCAUCAGUUGUUUGAAUGGUGACUACACUACUUUGAACGGUAAAAAAGGGCUGAGCUAUAGCUUGGAUUGUAAAAUCAACUUUGCAGUAUGCCUAUGUGGUUCUGUGCUUAUUUUAAUAUCCUUACACUGCACUGUUGUGUUUUUUUCUGUGUUUCUUUCCUUAGAGACACUGAGAAACUACUUCUCACAGUAUGGGGAAGUAGUAGACUGUGUCAUCAUGAAGGACAAAACUACAAAUCAGUCGCGAGGCUUCGGUUUUGUCAAAUUCAAAGACCCCAAUUGUGUACGGACGGUGCUGGAGACAAAGCCGCACAAUCUCGAUGGAAGAAAUGUGAGUAUUUGAAAUCAAAAGAGCAGAUAGUCGAAUCAGCUUGAGCAAUCAGCUUGCGUUUUGUGUGAACAAUGUGAAAAACCUUAUCCUGUGUUUCAUCAUACAAAGGAGUCAGAAGUUAUUGAAGGGGAAGUACAGUCUGGGUUCUGGUUUUACCUGCCUACAGACAAUGCAGAUUUUUGGCGUUUGUACCUAAAAAGACUUACCUGUUUAAAAUCAAAUGUGCAAAAUUGCUAGUUAAUCCUGCAUUUCUCAGAGAUGUCUGUUCAUCAGUGUUUUUAUAGAGGCUGCAUCCCAUGAAUUACACACCACGUCUUUGUUUCUGUUAACUAAAGCAGAGAAAAGAGUGAGAUUUGAUUGGCUUUCGAUGCAAAUUGACGUCUGUCAGUACACAUGUUUUUCUGCGGUGGGAGGUGAGCCAGUGUACUGCGAUGGAUUCUGUGGAGGAGAACAUUUGAAGGUGCCUUUAAUUUAGGGCGAAUGUCAAACGUUUUUUUUCUCCCUCUCUUUAUUGCUGUCAGAUCGACCCCAAGCCAUGCACUCCCAGAGGAAUGCAGCCUGAAAAGUCUCGAACUAAGGAGGGCUGGGUAAGAGGACUCUUAUAUUUUCUGGGAGAGGUUAGACAGGGAUGACAAUAUUUCCAUCUUGACACAAUGUCUUUGACCUAAAUCUAUUUUUUUUCUCUGAUUUUUCCUUUUAAAAAUGAUUGCAUUGUACAGCUGCCAUACUUCUGAGAGCUCUUGAAAUUAGUUUGGGGUUUUGAUAAAUCACAGAGGCAUCUUUUUGGGAUUGAGGGUCUGCAACAAUAGAUGUCUGGUGCCGCUGAAUAAUUGACACAUAUUUAGUUCACGUUAACAGAUAUAACAAAACCGCUAAUUAUUUGGCCUGUGUCAUUGUGCUAGAUAUGUGAAUUUUUAAAAAGAAGCUCUGAAAACAUUGUAUUCUUAAAUAUGAAAGCAGAUUUUUUGAUGUCUUAGCUGAAAUAUUUUCCCAUUACUGUUUUUCUAGGAUUAAACUAAUAAAAAACAAAUAGUCCUAAAAAAGAGGAGCUGAUGUGGUGCAGAAAAUCGCUUUUGGCCAUGAAUUUCUGCAAGAUAAAAAUCUCAGCAGUAAUUAGGGCAAUUUCAAUCAAUAGUUGUAUCAAGCUGCUGUAGGUCUGUUACAGUCAUUUUGUCUGUUUAAGAAGCAAUGAGGAUCUUUUGCUCCUGCUGUCAGUAAAAUAUGCUUAUGAGUCCUUGUGUUUGGCUGCAAGCAUUGAUGGUAAACUAGAAUCUUUUUAGGUUUGUUCUCUUGACUGGCUUUCAGGUCAUGCAGCUUCUUUUGAAUGUUUUGACUUACAAAGAAGAAAAAAUCGUAGAAAAUCACUGUUGUUGUAAGCAGCCUCUGGCCCUUAGAGUGUGAGUGCAGUGCACAGCUCUGAAAUGCUUAGUUGUUAAGAGUAAGUGGAGGAAGCCGUGCUCUCUGAUCUGUGGAGACUAGUGUUUGCAUUGACAUGACAUGUUAAGAAUUAUACCCCAGGGCAAGAGGAGAGCCUAAUUUCUUCUGCACUGUCUGAAUAGAUGAUGGCUAACUGGCCCCCUCCCAGAGUGAUCCUUUGACACACAUUGAAAUCCAUACACUCCCUGUUUUCUUUCAGAAGGGCAGCAAAGCCGAUAGCAAUAAAUCAAAGAAGAUAUUUGUAGGUGGAAUCCCCCAUAACUGCGGCGAGCCUGAACUCAGGGACUAUUUCAAUAGAUUCGGAGUGGUAAGUAUUGCCAAGUGCAUUAUGCAAGUCAGUUCAUAUCUUCAUUUUGAAUGCUUGUUUGGAAUGACAUUGAACAGGGUCAGUACUACACUAUGAGGAAUUAUAAUUUAUUGGCAUGGCUCUGGACAAUUAAUUAUUUGAUCAAAAUGUGGUAGAAUAUUUAUUUCGACAAAGAAAGGAAAGAAAGGACCUUUUCUAGUUUUCUAAAUGGAGCCACUGUUUCCUUUUGUCCCAUUCAAGGUCACAGAGGUGGUAAUGAUCUAUGAUGCGGAGAAGCAGAGGCCCCGAGGUAAAAGCUGAUCCCGUUUUUUUCUCCCCCCUCUCCAUACCUUACCAUCUUAAAUCUCAUGACAAACUGUUCUGGCCCAAAGAGAAAAAAAGGCCUAUUCAGAGACCCAGCUAUACAAUUUAAUUUAAACACUGUCGUCCACAACAGGGGUUUUGUGUCUGUUAGUGAAAAUAGAGAAACACAAAAGCAUGUUCGAUAAAAUGCCAAGUCAGCACAGAGUACAUCAAGUCAAAGGAAUAACUUGACAUUUCUCGGGAUGGAUUAAAAAGCUUAGUGAGAUGCAGAACACAUGGCUCAUUUGGAAAAUACAUGAAGACUUAAGCAGACAAUUCAAGCCUAACAUUCAGUGUAUGUUGUAGUGAUAAAUUCUCACAGUGGUUCUUGUUGUUUGUUGAUAUAAUACAGUGCUGGAUGGCGCUGUGAACCAUUUCUCAGCUCUUUGUCAUAUACUCAAAUGUGACAACUGUCAUAGAAACUUAAAGCUCUCAUUAGGACUGAUGCAGUAUCCUACAUAACCUUGUGUAACAACAUGCUUCUUUGCCGUGGACAUAUUUCCACUCAGUCAAAUUUUUGAUUUUUGAGAGAAAAAAGGAUCUUCAAGAUUUCUUAAGCUGAGCAGAGGAAGACCACCUAAAAGCCCUCAGACAAGAACGCUGAUGAAGCCAAUGACUGUCUUUGACCUCACGGGUCUUUAUCAGGGCAGAAUUAGAAAAAACAAUCCCUGCAUUAGCUCACUAUACGCCUUUUCUGGUGAGAAGAUAUUAAUGACUAUAUUUAAAUUGAUUGUUUAUAUCAAGUUGAUGUUUAAAAGGAUAGAUUUAAUGUUUGCCCAGUUAUCUCUUUACUUCAAGUGUAUGGUAUAACAUUUGAAGAUAUACUCAACCUUAUCAUAAUUUUUCCAAGUUCAUACAGGAAACAGAUCUUGUUUAAGGAUGGACUUGAAAACAUUUUAACCUAGCCCACAUAAACCACAUAAAACUACAUAAAAUACUAAAAACAUGCCGCAGUUUUUCUCCAAAUAUUAAACAUUCAGUGAUUGCUUAGAAAUAUUUACAAAAUAGUUAAAAGUCAAUCCAUAGGCCAAAUAGAUAAUGUUUAAGCAGUGUUACUCUCCAUAGAUGAAGGUUUAUUUCAUAAAGUUAAGAUAUCAUAUUGUCCUCGCACUAGCCUCUGUGAAGCCCGAUCGACUGCACGUUUCCUAUUUUAAUGAGGGCAAGUCCCAAAAUCGCUGUCUAGAAGGAAAUGAAACUUAGCAGAGAGAAAGCAAAGAAAAUCAGUGACUUCUACAGGGGAGGCAGGUAGCAAGAAAGUAGGUGCUCCAAAAAAAUACAGCGCUUCAUCACAACAUGAAACUGGCACAUUGAGCACAGUUUCAGGGUGGGUGUGGGGGUGUCCUUCCAAGAGGCUUUUUGCAGCCACUGUGCUGAAAGCGGACAUUACAUUGUUUUCCCCAGAACAAUGAAAUCCUUUUAAAAAAAGAGUUCAAACAACGCUCAAACUCCGAUCAAACAUCUCAACAAAUACAGAUCUUCAAACCUCUGAUGAUAUUGUUCUUUAAUCCAUGAAUGCAUUUUGAGUUUCUGACAUGUGCCCACACUUUUAGCAUGGAUGGCCUCACUGGCAAAUAGACCUCAUGCCACCGGCAGUGUUGGUGUCAGACUCUGCCUGCUGACUUACAGUCACAGCUGUUACAUCUGCAUUUGUCCUACAUAGCAAUGGUGCAGCGGCCACUGAACCGCAACAUGCAUUACUGCUCUUCUUCAACCCCCCCCAUUCAUUCUCUGUUGGGAGAAACCCAGAAUAGUUUGUCAUUAGAAUUUAACAUGAUGUGUUGCACCAGUAACAACCAUAACAUAAUCUUUAAUAGUAUGGAUAGUUUCUUUACUAAAACCCUUAGACUCUCAACACUGGAUUAAGUUUUCUUUAUGUUGAUUUAGUCCUUCCUGAUACCUGUAUCUUAAUUGGUAUAGUCUGUGUUCUCCCAUAUGUAGAAAGUUAAGUAUUUUUGUAAGUAAGCCCUUUCUAUUUUUCUUUCUUCUGUCCCCUUCUCCCUGUGAAUGGUUUGAAUGUGAUUAACAGUGUCUCUUAAGAUUUGUCUUUUCUCCUUUAGGUUACUUUGCAUUAACUGGUAGCACAGAGGUACAGGCCAAAUGUAAGAGCACCAAAACUUUUUACUUGGUCAGAAUGGGGUGUAUACAAAGUUAUGUCUUAUUCUGAGUCGGUUAAAGGUUUAUAUAUGAGUAUAUUUCUUUUCCUUCUUAUGAGAGAGUGAGUGAGAGAGAAAGAGAGGUUGUUGAAGAUAAGCAAGUCCAACAAAAAAAAGAAAAACUGAAUCAUGAAAACAGACUGAAAUUGAAGUACACCACAGGAGCUCUGACUGCCAAAUGAUGAUAUUCAUGUUCAGGUUACUUCCAUGAAUAUUAGUUUAACGCUUUGUUGCAUUGGAUGUUAGAAAAUCAUUGUGACAUCAACAGAUGUCAGGAUUUGUUAAAGGCAAAAUCCCAGAAAGAUUCAUUGUACAUCUUUUAACAAGACUAUGUUAAGGAAGCUUGAUUUGUUGAACUCAAAUCAAAUUGUUCAUUGUGCUCAAGAGCUUUGUCUUUUUGUCAAAAGCAGAUUUUGACUUAAAAGUAACUCCAAAAAAUUUCAACUUGAGCGUAACUUCCAUAUGCCGCUGCAGUGAGAAUAUGUCAAGCUGUUAAAUGUGUCAGCUUGACUGUAAAUUUAGCCUAAGGACGGGUCAUUGACAGAUGUUAUUAAUAGCGAUAGAUCAUGAGUCUUGGGACUGCUUGGCUGGGUACGAGAGGUCUCUAAAAAUCUCGGUUGUCUCUUAGGAUGUUUAAUUGGAUUCAGGUUAGGUCCCAAGGUAGGUUUGUGAGCACAACCCAGUUCUGCCAUGGUGUAAUGUGAAUCGGAUUGGAAGUAGAUCACUGCAGCACAGCGCCUGCUCUAAAAAGUUCUGUUACAGAUUGUUGGAGUAAAAAAGUUUACUGAGCAGUGAGCAUGAACAAAAUUUUGUCCAGAGAUGUUCCCAGACUUAAAGUUUAUGUUGAUGAACCUUGUGUAUAUCCCAUUAGAACUUUAAUCAAAAUCAGCAGCCCCAAUUUUGAGAAACAGAAUUUUGGCCUAUAUCUCUGUGUUACCAUUGUGAGCAAUAUUUUAAUUGUCCAUUUUAGGCUUAUCCUGGCUGACUCAAAAGUACAAUACUGAAUUUGGGAAAGCUUGGAGAAAGCUUUAGGCAUUCUACAGUUUGUGUUUCUCCAUAUUUUUGUGAUGCAUUAACAAUGGCUGCUGCGAGUGUGUGCUCCACAGCAAAAUACCAAGGGACAGAUCAAGGUGGGGUUUGGAUGAAACGGCAUAAAGUGACAAAAUGUUGCUUUGAUUGGCAUUCAUAAAUGUAAGUGGGGAAAGAUAGAAGUAAUUGAAAUUUUCAAUGUGACAUUUCACAUGAAAUCAAAUGCUGCACUCAUCAGUCGUCAUGUUUAGCAGUUAAGCAGUCCUGUGUUGUUAUCUUCACUAAAUUUUUCACUGCACAGUUAAGAAAAAAGUUUCCUUCAAUCCCCCAGGCUUUAGUCUUGGAUUUGUGUUGUUCUCCGAGUCUGCGACAUCAUCCGAACCCCAGGAGCCUCUUGCUCAGUCUUGACGGAUCCUCACUCUGCUGAAGCCCAAUACUGUUCUUCAUCUUGUGUUGUCACAACCCCCCUGCUACCUUGAUUCACUCUUGGUCGUUGGCUAGGUUUUGGAUUUAUUACUUUCGAGGCCGAACAAUCAGUGGACCAGGCUGUCAACAUGCAUUUUCACGACAUCAUGGGCAAAAAAGUGUGUAGUUGUAGUUUUAUUUUACCCUUAAGAUCAAACAGAGUUUUGAGCGACUGAGUAAGAGUUUUACUGUGAUGCUGCUUUAGAAGUAAGAGGUGAUUUGUAAAAGUCUGCAGCAUCAUAUACUAAAGAAAUAACCUGGUAAACAGAUUAAUUCAAUAAUCUUUUAUUAUCACCAUAUUUUCUCUAAACACACAUUACCUUCAUAUUUACUUUAAUGGCUUGUAAUUUUUGAGAUUCAGUCGCCCCUCAUUUGUGCUGUUAUAAUACAGUUUCUAUAGUCGCCCAAGGCUUUGUUUAAAUCGACCACUCCUUUAGGAUGUCUUAAGUUUUAUUAGCUUUUUGAUGUAAUUGUUUUAUGUUCGAUCUGGUCUUUGAAAUUAAAAGGCAACAAGACAAAAACACAUACGACUCUAAAAAUUGCAAAGAUAUUCACAUGACUUGAAUCACCUAAAGGAUUGGUCUCAUCAGUUCUGUUUCUUUUUGUUCUCUGAUAUUUUUGUUGGCAGGUCACUUACAUGUCAACAUGUUUUUAUUUUCAUUUCUUUUUGAAAACUUAAACAAAAAGCUCAAGUCAGUGACCUCAGUUGAAGAAUCUCCAUACUGUGUCUGUCAGAUCUCUAAAGAACAAUCAGCAGCUCUCUCUGAAAUGCUGCUCAGGAUGAGACUUGAGUCUCACAAUAAUAUUUGCAUGUCACUCGGUAGUGUUUGUUUUUACUCAGUGGGUGUACCAGAUGGCUGGGGUUUACUGUGCAAAGACACUUCGCAUAGUGUCAGGUAAGCUGUCCAUCCGGGAAAAAAACAAUAACUGCACUAUAGUGUUAAAUUUAAGCACACCUCCUUACCCUCUGGCGUGCAUUUCAUUGUUCUGUUGCAUGUGGCAGACUGACCACCUGGCACAUUGAACAGAGUAAAACAAACCAUUUAUAGCCGUAGUAGAUUGAAGUACUACUCAAUACAUAUCCGGCCAGCAUUGGUCCCGACGCUUGGGUUUUAAAGCACUUUUAAAGCUCUCAUUCAUUAGCAGCCCCCCUUUUCCCCAACAGACACUUGGUAAUUAGCAGCUUUUAAACCUCUCUACAGAGAUACCAGAAGAGAGAGAGUCUCCUUUCUGCCCUCUACAACGACUAAUGAUUUGUGGGCAUAAGAAAAUUAUCAAAGUCAAACACAGUUUUUCUUAUAUCCACCCAGUCAAAUUAUUCCACCACGAGUCUUGUGCGAGAGUCUCAACUUUACCUCACUACACAAGCGUUUUAAAAGCUUUAGAAGACAGUCUGCGAUGUUUGACCAUCAGUGGCUUUGAGAGCUUGUUAACGGUAUUUGAGCAGGGCCACCUUUUGUUAUGGUGUGUCUUUUACUUUACAGUGUUUUUCUGCCUUGAGGGCUUUUGUUUUUAUAGGUGGUAUGUGAUCCCGGGUCUUGAAGAUUUAAUAAAUAUGAGCCUUUUUGCUCUUAUUCUGCUACUGCGACGAAGGCAGAUAACAGAAAUGAACAGAGGGGUAAAUAAAAAUAACAUGGUCUCCAGCCUGAUCUCAGAGCGUUCCUCUCUGCUUUAUUUUAAAGCAUGUAUGAACAGAGUCUUGCCUUUUUACCGCACUCGAGUUCAUAUUUUCCAAAAUAAAGAGAAUCACCAUCCAGGUUUAUUUGAUCAAAUCAAUUAGAUAUGUAGAGUAAACCUAAGAGGUUGUGUUAAACUGUCGCGGUUAAUCACAUGGAAUUGAUUAUCUUAAUCCCAUUUCUUGGAAGAUGAUUUAACCACACCUGUGCGCUCUCCAGUGGAAGCCGCCCCCCAUGACUCUGCCCUGGUUUUAAGCAGGAAUGAAGGCUCAACUUAAUCCAUUGUUCUUGACUUGACAUUACCUUAUGCUGGGACUUGAGGGAUGCUGGGAGAUAUAUGUUACAAAAUUAGAAAUUGGAGCACAUCAAACUGUGCAACAAAUCCCAGUUCUGCUGUUAGGGACUGAACAGAAGUCAUGGUAUCCAUCACUCGUAGCUGUGAUGCCCACGGGAGAAAGUGCUCAGGUAGCUGCCGGCGGCGGUGGGGCCACUGCCGGAAACAUGUGCAUGUAAUUAGGUCGACAAAGAAGGAAGAGGGGAGGCUGGGGAAGGUGGCAACACCUUAAAGCGGGAAGGAAUUUGCGAUUCGUUUUCCUCCUGCAAGGUGACCCCAAUAACUCAACCCUGUGGUCUAUUUCUGGUUGUCUCCCCCUUAGUCUCAGCCUGUUUCUCCGCUCUGGUUAACUGUUAGUAGCUUUGCCUCGUGACAGGGUGUUUGUUAUUAGGGUGAUGGUUUUAUACUAGACUCAAGGGGUUGAACUACUUUAUAAAUUUGAUGGGUCAAGUGUGAGAAGAGUGAUAGUGUUAAGCAGUAAUUCACAAACCACCCUUAUUGUUAUGAAACAAACAUGAAAAAGAAGCUCGAGGUCAAACCAUUUGAUUGUUUGAUGGUCGGUUUGCAGUGAUUUGAUAUUUUAUUGUGGGACCCAGUGUUUCAGUCUCCUGUUGUCUUCUGAAUUUUUUCCUCAUCUUUGACACAGUAUGAAGAUUCAGUUAAGAUUGACUGAAAAGACUCUUUGAUUUUACUCUCUGCAUGUUUAUCAUUUAUAUUCUGAUACAACUGAGAUACAGUUUUCUCUCUAUAUCCAUUUCCCCUGAAAAAAAAAAAAAAGUUAUUCCAAAUAAAAUAAAGUGAGAUUCUUUAUUAGCGUUAGCUGGAGAAAGGUAAGUCCUGACUUCUUUUAGAUGACUUAUUAUAAAUAGGGCCGUUUAUUCAAAAGAGUUGUAAAACUAUGUUUCUCAGGUACAUAUGAGAGACUCGUCUGAAGAUGACAAGUUUGAGACAGAUUUGACUGGCUCUACAGGAAGAUUUUGUUUAAGGGGAAACUUCCACUUAGCAAUUAGUACCUGACACACAUAGUUACAAAGUUACAGAUGAAGAAUAGCAAUUACUUGACAACAAUCCCCAAUUAUUCGUAUAAACAGAAAGAGCAAGAUUUUUUCAAACUGGCCCAAGUAUUGAGAUUAAAUAGUUUGAGGACAGGUUUGUCUAGGCAAGGGACUUCACUGACUGUAUACUGGUGUUGCCAAAUGUGUCCUCCUUGUCCUUUGUCCAGGUGGAAGUGAAGAAGGCCGAACCUCGUGACAGCAAAGCUCCUGGCCAGCUCGGCCCUGGCCAGUGGGCACCCAGGGGUAUAUUGAGUGCAGCUAAUGGUUGGACAGCACAGCCUGCCCAGGGCUGGCAACAGCCCUACGGGCCACAGGGUGAGUGGGAACAGGUCCCAGAGCCGAGCAAGAGGAGCUCAGUGUUCAGAGGAAAACAUAGUAGUGCCUGUUAAAAUGUGUCAAACCUGCUGUUUGAACAUCUACCUCCAUGUAGUCAGUUUGAAGGUUGAACUGGGUUAUGAGAACAUUUUAUCUUUAAGCCAACAGUUUGUCCUCUGUCUAAUGUUUUUUUUCCCUCUUCCUGAAGGAGUGUGGGUGUCGACUACUGGCCAACCCAUAGGUAGGUGUUUCAUCUCCUCUCGACAACACGCAGAAAAUAUCCUUCCUUUCCAUUUUAGUCAAUCAUUUUUUUUUCCGGUUACAUCACGGCUUGAUCAUUUGAAGAUGGAUUUAUUUUGUCUUUGCUGUGUGAUCAUUAUGCUAAUCUUGAAGCACUUGUGUCACAGAAAUGGGCUUGCACUCUGCAUGGCCAAUAGGCUGAUGACAGUUAACAGCACGUGUUAUCACUGAUUCAUAAUGGCUGAGGCUGCUGAUAAUUUGCUGCUUGGGACAGAUGGCAGCCUUGAAUAGAUUCCAGCCUCCCCCUGCUAUUGGUCAGGCUCGGCUUCGUAUCACCACCUCCGGGUCAACCUGCAACUCUCUCUGCAGUGUUGUUCCCUCAGUUUCAUUCAGCCUCAGAUUGUGUUCUGCAGAAGCUUGUGUUUACUGAGAUUACGUUGUUUAAAGUUAAUACAACCCAGAUAGAGAAUGACUGCGAGGGCGCUUUCUUCUUUUUAUUACCAGUUAUUACCAUUACUUUUCAUGUUUGACUAAAGGUACAGUGUGUAACAUUUACAUAUUUAAAUGUCUAAAAUAACCCAACCAGGAUCAUAGACUUGUGCAAGUUGUGUAGUCGUGUAGCUACUUCAUUCAAAUGUCACCAGUGGCAGUAAAACUUAGAGAAACCUAUAUUUUAUGAAAGAAAAUGGUGGGUUUCCAAAAGAUUUGUCUGAGAGUGAGGGAGGAAGUAGACAAAUGUUGCCUCACUGUACUUACAGACACUGAAUUAGAAUGAAAUAACAUUUUGUGAAUUAAAAUGAACAAAUGUUAAACCUCAGUACAUUUAUUUUCUUUAUAAUUUAAAGGUGGGUAUGGACCUCCAUUGUCAGCAGGUCGAGGAACCCCAACACAACCUCCAUCACCUUUCAACGCAUUCCUGGUCACAACCCCGGCGGGCAGCUUCGCUGCACCUCAGGGCUACCCUCAGCAGGGCUACAGCACAGCACCUCAAUUUGGUCAGUAAAACUGGUUCACUCAAUCAUUACAUUUCAUAUUGAUGUAAAAAAAACAACCACCAGGUACUGACAGGUUAUUAACCAUGUGUAAAGGUGACACUGUGAGUUAUUCAGUUUAAGAUUUUUCUGUGGACCCGUUUAGAUUUUUGACAAAGGUCACAGAUAGAGAAGGUGUGUUGAAAUGUUAGUUAGCUGUCAGAUGUAUGAGGUUUUUCUCUCCAGAGCAGAAAAUUGUGACUCUAAGGAGAAAAUGUCUCAGCUCUUUCAGGCAGUGAAUGUUUUCAUACUAAAAUGGUUGAUUAUAAAGUUGUUUUAAAUAUGUCAGGGCUGUUGUUGUGGUAAGGGAGGAACCUCCAUCUUAUCAGAGCUGGACACCAUGACUAACAGAUACUCACAGAUACCUCAGAAGGGAAGCAGGCACUACUUUAUCUGGGAGGAGUUCUUCCAAAAGAUAUGCAAACAUAAAACUCACAUUGUUACAACCUAAACUAAGAAGAGGUUUUGAGGACAAACUGAUCUCUUGCGUGUGAUAGUAUUGCUUUUGUAAACUGUGAGGUUUUUAACUUUCACUUUGUGACUGAACACAUAAGUCAAGCACGUAACACUUGAAGAUGUUCUUUGGUAAAUCAUCAUAGAAGUAAUCAUAUUACCGUCCAACAGGUUACAGUUUCGCCACACCACAGGCAGACCAGUAUGCUCCACAGGUUCCUCCUCCACCCACUACUCCGGGAACUGCACCUCUGGGCUUUGCCCCCGCCACCACACCAACUCAGGACUUAAGCAAAGCUCCCACUGGACAGCCUGACUUUCCUUAUAGCCAGUAUGGUAAGAAAUGCUUGUGCAUCAAGCAGUUUGCUGCCCCCUUCUCUCCCUUUUAAUUUUUAUUCACCCCUUGGCCCCGUCCAUCUCCCUGGAUACUUUGUUGGAUGCAAAUACAGCUCAUUAAAGUGCAUUUCUACGGCCCGUACACAAACAGGAGCUUGGUACCAUUGAGCUUGAACAGCUACACAUGCUACAUGCUUCUUGCAAACAUGAAUCCCUCUGGCUCUGCCUUGAAGAUGCUGCUCAAGUGUCACCAGACCCAGGAGUCUUCAGCAGUCAUUUCUGUCUGUUUCAGCUAGGCUGUGGAUUGGUUAAAGGAUUGGUAGGUCUUGGUAGUUUUGAAUUAGAUCAUCCUGCCUUGCAAUGUUAUUUUUCUUUGCAUUUUUGAAUUUUUUAUUUAAUGGGAGUGCAACCUUUCCCGUGACUGACUUUACUACUACAUUUGACUUGAUUUGAAUAUUCCUGCCUUUUCAAUUACUCCCCUCUCACACACCCCCUCCUCUUCCUCCCUGUUGAUGACUUUGCUGGCUUCUUUCCCUGGUUUUGGCACGGUCGCCACUGAAGAGCACCAGCAUGACAAGAGAAAUCUUAUUUCUGGAAUCAGGCAUGUCCAUCUGCCAAAUUACCUAAAAAAUGUUUAAUACGUCCCAUCAAUUAAUCACUGCUGGGCUUUGCAUGAUCAUUUACAGAAUGUGGACCUUGCUUUGUAGACACAUUCAGGUAUCAGAGUCCUGGGCAAGCCAUUUUCUGACCGUUGUAUGUGUCUGUAGGUCUGGCUUUUCAAGUGGAUGCCUUUGUGGUCCUUGAGCUUGAUUGUUGGUUUAGAUUAAAAUGCCUUUGGAUCAUAUUCAAAAUGUAUUUUUCCACCUGGUUUUGCUAGCUGGUUCAGUCUCAGAUGGAUUUCAGUGAGUGCGGAGGGCCCACAAAAUGAGACAUUUUUUCAAGACAUGUCAUGUUCAAGAUUUGCUUUAUUAAUUUUUAGGGAUUUGAGGCAUUAAGAGAAUAGUUACUUCAGGGACGUGCUGUAAAUGCAUGCUGGAUUUUGAGUUUCAGAUCAGGCUUAGAACAGAAAUGAAGGCUGCAGCUUUUUUUGCUCAAAACCAAAAUGAAGCCCCAGAUUCUGUGAAAACUAUCCAGCCUCUAAGGAAAAGGAACAAGCUUGGUCUUCAUUCAACAUUCACUCACUCAGUCACAGAGGCACACAGUCAGAUAAGAGUCAGAUGUUCAUUCAGAAGCAACAUUCAGUUUUUUUUGCUGGCUGGUAUUUUUCCUCUGACUCUGCUUUACAGCUGCUUCACACUGCUGGAUCCACAUUGAAAGUAACCAUGUGAUCGCUGUCAGUCAUGACAGGCGCCCAUCUUGUUCAGUGUUUUCUGCUUGUGCUUAUCUCCCAUCCAGCUUUUUUCAUUUAGUUUGCUGCCUGUUCAGGCACUGAGUCCAGUAACUGAAGUCUUUAGUCUCAACACUGUCUCAGGAUUUUUGUGAAAUAAGCAGGAAAUGUUGUUAUUGUGGACAGGAAAUUACAAAACACUACCACUUAAUUUUCUGCAAGACAAACAGGGAGUGGAUUCAACUUUUAGUUGAUGAUUGACGCUGGACCAAAAAGAAGCUUAAUUGAGCUUAGGGAAAUGAACCUGCUUGACCUUGGUUAGGACUUUGCUUGUCGCGCUGUGUUGCAAUCAUUAUCUAAAGUUUAUUUUGAACAAUUGGCUUUACAUUAGAUACAGAACACUUUGAAACUUGAUUCAUAGAUUUUAUACCACAAUGAAGAAUUGUGACUUUUAUGUCAAAACUUUAUCUUGAUGCAUCAAAACCGUAUUUCUAUCCUCUAGUAAUAAUAUUUAUAUAAUGAUAAAAGUUUUUAGAAAGGGUUAAAUGUCAACAGUGAAAAUAUACAUGACCUGACCCCAUGGAGGACUUUUUAAAAUUAAGUGAUUUAAUCCAACAUUUUCGUGUAAUUAUAAUCACACUAAAAUAAACUGGAUUCGUUGAACAUUACAUUUGAUAUAAACUCAUAGUCCUUUCACAUCACAGGGAGCAAGAUCCUUUUUUUAAGUAUGACAACUUUUGUAAAAAGCAAUAAAGUCAUGAGAUAUAAAUGAACUGAUAAGGGACAUCAUGUCAGUAAUGUCAACAUAUUUUCAUAUUCUUGAAUCCUCUAUUCCUCUUUAACAAGCUCACACAACUUUGAUCUUACAGUCUUAUGUGUUUUCACAGGAAAACACUUUAAUGCACCUCUGCAUAACACGCACAUUUCACAAAAUUCCACGAGGCCAGGCUGGCAUUGUUUAAACCGAGGUGUGCUAGCAGGUAGCUCACACACUCACACUUCAUUGUGUUUUUACUUGCAGAUGAAGCUGCGCAGUGAUGCCUUUCCCAGUGUAGUGCAGAUGUAGUAUAAGAGUAUAAAUGUAAAGCUGUGUUAGCUCAGUAAGUGGGGGAGUAAGGGGGAAGGUAGCAGGCCAGCAGUAUCUGGGUUCAGUCAACCUGGUCUCCUCAUCUCCCUGAUAGGCUUGGGUAACUACCCUCAGGACCCCUCUGCCUACGGACCAACGCGUCCUCACAGUUAUGGUCAGGAUGAGCAGGGAGGAUAUAGUGCAGGUAGGUGCCAGCAUCGUCUUCUCCAACCACAAAAGUAGCAUCUGUUCAGUACUGUAGAGUUUAUAGAGCUGCAACCUGGUUCCUUUCCUCUUUUCUUUUGCUCUGUCUUUCAUAUUUUGCAUGUACAUUUUGCAUGUACAUACAAAUUACUGCGUGUACUCUUGCAUAGUAAAACACAGCCAUCAACUGCCUCACAGCUGAGUGGAUUUGAAAGAAAUUUACAUCCAAAUUUGGCACUUAGAGCUCUCAGUAUGCCGACCCCCUCAGUGGCUGUAGCUUUACUAUAUGAAGACCAUGUCCUCCUUUUUUGUCCUCUCUCUAUGUCUGCAUCGCUUUGCUGAUGAUAAAAGGAUGAUCUAAUUGUCAGAAAAUUUGUUCAUGGUUCAGUUGUCUCUAUGCAUCAGCAGUCCAUUCACCCGUUGUUUCCCCCCUCUCCAUUUACUGUCUCCACAUUGUAGCUAAAGGGGUGAGAAAGGAAAGAAGAUUUGAAAGAAGACAAGAUGCCAGUAAAUUUCCAUUUUCCUCAGAUUUCUCUGUCUGGAGGUCCUGUUGGGACAUCUCCCUGUUCUAAAGAUUUCUGCUUUUUCCUGUUCGUAGAGCACUUUAAGAUCCCCAAAAGUAAAAUCUUGUCUUUUCUAUCUUUGCCUCCUGUCUAUCUAUCUUUGUUCCCUCAUACAAGUUUUUAUAAUGUUCUGAAAGACAUUCAGAAAAUCAGUUCCUGGAUGUAGCCAGAGCAGGGAAGAAGCGACACACCAAACUGCAAUUUUUCAAUCUAGAAAGCCUUUUUUUGGCUCAAGCAGUGACUGCUGAAGUUUGGAUACCGCCAGCCAUUUUCAGCCAGAUCAGUUUCCUUCGCCGGGAGUUACUUCGGUCCCCUUGUCUUUUUUCAGGGAGAUGGUGCCAUCCAGUGUCUGAGCAGAAGAAGAGUGUGUUGUACUGGUUUUUAGAGACCCUAAAGAUUUUUUUUUUCUCAGGGGAGCCCACUUGGCUUGAUCCUAAACUCCACCUUUAAUUAUCAUUUAUGUCUCCAAACACUAAGAGGUUUUUACUCAAUAAAUUUCAACAUUGAAGGGCUCAUUAAAGGUAUAUAGAAUUUCAAUUAAAAGGACAAAUCCAUCAUUGAAACCCUAAUUAAUAUUUGGAUACAUUCUUUUUGCUGUAGUUAUUUGUUGUGUCACACUUCAUCAGUGUAAACUCUAUAAUUUCAAAGCUCACAGUCUCCAACUAACAAAAACAAUGAGAUGGAAAAGAUCUCGAACCAUCUAAAUAUUAUAAUAAAAGCUGUAAAGGUUAUGAAGCUGUUAUAUUAUUGACUGUAAAAAAAAUUGGCCUGUUAUAUGAUCCCCAAUUUAUCAGUAAUAGAAUCAGAGGUAUUUCAGCCGAAUAUUGAACAUUCAGUGACAAGAUGGAGAUUGGAACAAAACUAACGGGACGUAUCUUUUUGUUAUGACUUUCAAAACGAUCAAAACAGCUCACACAAAUUGGAAUUUCUCUGCAUAUUUCCCAGUGUAGGGAUUAUUUUGGUGGAUUUUUCCUUUUCAUUGAAGUGAUUUUAAUCUUAAUCAUUUUCUUUUAAAGCAGUAAGGCUUCCUCCUGCUCACAUUGUUGUGACCCUUACAUUUAAACCCUCCUCUGUCUGUGCUUCUCUCUCUCCUCUGUCAUCCCUCUCAGGGUACGGACAGGACCUGACAGCCUUUGGUCACACCUUCGCAGACCCCAGUCAGCAAACAGCCUCUUACGGGGCCCCAACAGCACAGCCCGCCGCAGCCCCACAACCUGCCGCUAGUGCAUUCGGCAGAGGGCAGAACCACAAUGUACAGGGCUUCCACCCGUAUCGACGCUGACCACCACCUCUGGGCAGGGCUGCUAUGUAAAGUUGAAAAAACAAAAACUAAAAAAAAAGUCAGGGAAAAUGUGUGUUCUUGCUAAAAACAAAACUGGAGUCCUGGAUUGUUCUACGGGAAUGUUGAAUGCAGUUUGUGAAACAGAUGUUUGCGAAAGCAUACUGGAGUUCUGGAUUGUUCUACGGGAUUGUUGAAUGCACAGUUUGUGAAACAAAUGUUUGCGAAAGCAGGGACGCCAGGAAAUUCAACAGGGGUGAAAAGAAACCCAGGUUUUUUUUUGCAUAACUUAAGGAACGUUCAGCUGAAAGAAGCUUUUAUCCCCCACCUCCCUUACCCCAUGUUUUAUAGUAGAACUUAACUACUUUGCAAUAAUUUUGAUUGUCUGGUCAAACACUAGCACAGAGACUAUAUGUAAAGAGACUUGCAUAUAAAUAUGUAUAUUUAUGGUGGACACAAAUGAAAACAGGGUCUCAAGUUUCCUCAGCUUUAAAUUCUAGGGAAUAAUGUUUUUAUUUUUCAUUUGGUGGAUUUUGUUUACUUUCUGAGCCUUUAAAGUUUGUUUAAAAUGGAGAUUAUAAAUAUAUAUAUUAUACACAAACUGUGCAAUUUUUUAAAAAGAAUUUUGUACUAUAAAUGUACACUUUGCUUGUUUUUUUAUUUAAAGAUGUAGACUUCCCUCAGGUGGCUCUUUUGGGUGCAUUUUUUUGCACUCGCGCAAAAAGAAAAAAAAGGACAAAUUAUUUCAAAAAUAAAUGUUUUAAGGAUACA